UGUCCUGCCGAGCAAAUUGGUUCUUAAUGAGGUCCUUCCAUAUAUUAGAACGGAGAACUGCAGAAUCUUGGCAGUGAGACGCCGAAGACGCUCGAAGAGGUUGCCCAUCAACGUCAAUUCAGCUACCCGAGCUUCUGUCCAGGAUCUGUACCACAUGUCUAUAUUCCAGGUUUGCACACUGGGAAGGAUGUGUUUGUGGUUCCUGCUUAUCAUAGGACUUCUCUCCCAGAGCCAGCAAGGUGCGGCCCAUUUCUACAAGAUCCAGCCUGGCACCUUCAAAGAGUUCCAAUACAUCAAUUGCCAAGGAACUUACAACAGGUCCACUUACACCAAGUUAAUCCGCAUCUGUGAGGAAUGUCAGAACCUCUACCGCAAUGACUACACCGUCUCGCUGGAAUGCAAGGAGAACUGCUUCCAGAACGAGAUGUUUGAUAAAUGUGUGCUGUCUCUGCUGCUGGCUCAUAAAGAAGAGGAAUAUAAAAACAUGAUUACUUAUGCCAGCGGGUAGGAGCUGCAGUCACAGUGUUUAAGGUGGUUAGUUCAGUGACCAACUGGUAGUACGUAAUUCAAAUUAACUUUUGUUGGUGUUAUAGAAAUGACAGUCAUGCCUCAAUAACAUGCUAUUAAUAAGUUCUUGUCAGAAUUCAUGAUGUGUUUUUUUUUGUCCAUCCAUUUGCUUGCAGGGGUUGAAUUAUAGCUGCUGGUCCGGAUUAUUAACUACUAACGCGCAGUUUUACUGACUGAGAGCCUCUAUCAUAACUUCUCUCAAAUCUUUAUAUGGUGUUUGCCUCUUUCACUGCUUCAUCUAGUUAAUGUCAUAAGUUAUCCUGAGGUUAGAGAUAUUUCCUAAAAUCUGCGGGCCAGUUAAUUCUUUACCCACCAGCUAUGUAUAAUAUCUCUGGCAUCUGACAGCAUCUAUAAUCCCCUCUUAUUCAUUUCAUACAGCCGUUAGCUUUAUUACUUCUAAAGUGGGUACUCGCCUAGCUAUGGUUGCUGGGGGUCGAAUCUUAACCAUUGUCCCCACUGAACUGAAUAUGACUGGUUUAGCUAGUCUCUUGCUUCAUGAGCCCUAUCGUACUUAUCCCUAACACUGUGCAAGAUAUUUACUUUCACCAUAUUCUUGUCCAGUUUAUUUUACUUCCUGAUCCUCCUGUGCUCGAGGUUGAACAAGUAUCUCCUAACAUCCUUGUGGCUGAUCUCAGUGUCAGCUUCAUGCACCUGCCUCUUAACCUUUUCUACACUGGAAAAGUGGGCUCCUAGCCCCUUGGGAUAUACUAACCCUAUUUUUAAAACCAUGUAUGGAGUCAGACCUCCACUUGUAGUUCAUGUCAGCAAUUAACCACCAGUUGCCAUUAUUUAUUUAUUUUAUUUAUUUAUUUAUUUAUGUCUUUGCAAACAGUACAUUGAGAUUUUAUAUUUACAAUAGUGGGUUGCAAUGCAAAGAAAGCCUCUAUUUUGGCUCUCAGUCCCAAAUGUCCUUUAAAGUGAGACUCCAACCUGAGGAGUGUUCUAAGGGUCAACACCCCCCCCCCCCUCCAUACCAUGUCUGAUCAACCAGGAUGUUGGUGCUAGCCGCAUAAAGUACAUGUAAGCACCCCAGCCUAGCUGGUCAAGAACCAGCUUGAGGAACUUAUCACAUUCUCUUAUCUAAACAAUCAGAGAUCGGUUGGUAAUCCACUAAAUGUAUGGAGGGUGUUGAAAGGUCUU